CAGUAAUUGCCUUCAGAUGACGACGGUCUUACAAAACGAGCCGCGCAGCGCAGGUUUGCGCACUUCCCCCGAGCGCGAGCUGGGUGGCUCGAGGUCCUCGGCGCCUGUACCGCUGCCUCGCUUUCAGUUUAGUUCGAGGGAGUGACGGCGGAAGGGAAGGAGCAGCGCCUGGAACCCGGAGCUCUGAUUCUCUGUGCCAUGGGAGCGCCUUCAGGGAAGCCCCUAUCUAACCGGAUUUGUUUGGGAAUGUUGCAGAUCACCUUCCAUUGUGCUAUAACUGCAUGCAAUCCACAACCACACUGAAAAGCAAAGAGCACAAUGUCAGCAGCUGUAUUGUUUGGAUUUUUCUUAGCACUUGCAGUGUGCACUGGGCAACAUGAGAAGUGUGAUGUUUUCCCUAAGGACCCAGUGAUCAGAAUGGGUUCUGAUAUUGAGAUCAUGUUCAGAGGAUCCCAUCACAGUCUUUGCACCAAUGUGACUUCAUACAGUCCAAGCAAAAUAACAUGGACACUUAACAACAAGAAGAUAGAUGAAAAAUUCUAUGCAGUCAUUAAUUCUACCAUUCCAGCUGUGUCCAUUCGCAACUUCAUUUUACAGACUGGAAGAGUGAUGUGUCACAUGGAUGUAGAUGGAAAAGAUAUUAUCUUGGGGGCUACAACAAUCAAAGCAUUUUUUCCACCAGUGAAACCCACUAACAUAUCCUGCGUUACAAUUUUGGAAGAAAGUUUCACAUGUUAUUGGAACAGUGGCCAUAAAACACAGUUGCCCACAAACUACACUGUAUUCAGGGAAGGAAAAAUUGUUAAAGAUACUUGCACUUCUGAAAGCAGCCCAUGUAUAUUUCCCAGUGACUUAUGGUCAAACCAGAAAAUAUCGGUAAGAGCUGAGAAUGCUGUUGGAGUGGCGCACUCAGACAUCGUUGAGUUAAACUCUGUUGAAACAGUGAAACUUAGACCCCCAGAGCAUGUUCAUGUGACGCCUUAUUUGAACAGGCUCAUAGUGAAGUGGGAAAGACCAAUGGACACAGAAUAUUUUAAUGUGACUUGUGAAGUACUGUAUCGGUACCAGAGACAAGGCACGUGGAUUGAGCUUGUGGAGAGUAUAAAAAUGGGGGAUGUAAAUGAAGAGGGAGUGGCUGACAUCAAGGUGGAGCAACUAUGCGCCAGGUACAAUGUGUCAGUGCGAUGCAGAUUUCAGGAGGCACUGUGGGGUGACUGGAGCCAGAGCACCCCUGUGUUCUCCUCUCUGGAUGUGAACGACAUAAAGUUCCACUUUUGGAGGAAGAUAUUCACACCAGAUGAGAAGGGACAGAGGAGAGUGUUGCUGAUGUGGAAGGGAGUUCCAUCGUCUUGCACUGUCAUAGAUGGUUACAGAAUUACAAUCAUGAAUUUAAAAAACAACAGCUGCCCCAUGAAGAGUUGUACCAUGCUUUUAAAGACUUCUUCAAGUCGGCUCAAUGUAACACUUGGCACUGAAGAGUACAAAAUAACCAUUGCUGCAUACAAAAAUAUAAGCACAUUUUCAGAAGAUUCAAUUACUGUACCUGCUGCUGGAGAAGACUGCCCAUCACUGAAGGAAGUAAACACUGUUGCCAAUGACAACCAAAUCACAGUCAACUGGACAGCCCCUUCCAGGCCAGCUGUUAGAUAUGUGAUAGACUGGUCUGCUGGCAAUGAUUACAUCAGGUGGCAUUUCAGUGAGACCACACAAUUUGCACUAAAGGGUGAACCUCAGAAACUCUACAGAAUUGCAGUGACUCCUCUAUAUGAAAAUUGUACUGGACAGGAAACGAUGCUGCUCGCUUACUCAAAAGAAGGAGCACCAGGGGACAUUCCCUUGGUUGAGGUGUCUGAUGUACGGGAGUCUAGCGCUUGCAUCAGUUGGAUACCAGUGCCUCAAGACAAGUGCUGCGGUUUCGUCAGGAACUAUACUGUGUUCUAUGCACCAGAUAAAGGAACUGCGAUGGAUGUCACUGUGAACAGCAGUGUUCAUGAGGUCUGCCUGGAUCGCCUGCAGUAUAGCACCGUUUACACCGUUUCUGUCAUGGCGAGGUCCAAUGGCGGCCAGUCAUUGAAUAACAGCACCACAUUCAGGACAAGUAGUAAUGGCCGCUCCUUUUCCAGAGUACUUAUUGGCGGACUUGGUUUGAUAUUGUUCGUAGUGAUUGGCACGUUGUGUUUUUUUAUGGUGAAUAAAUAUGUCAUGAAAGUGCCCAGUCCCCAGUUCAGCACACUAGUACCAUGGCCUGAGCAGCUUUAUCAGAAGGACAAGAAUGUGAGCAAACUACUGAUACCCGAGUGCUCAGAGAACAUCUCUCACAGCCUGGUGAUCUUCCCAAUUAGUUUUGACCUUGACAUUGAUGGGAUCAGUUCUACAUCUGGAGAGGAUGACUGUGCUAAGCUUCCUGGGAGCCUGACUAAACAGUCAGACAGUUCCACAGAACUCAGGAUCACAACCCCUCCGCCUGCUGAUCUGCUUGGUGUCCAUAGGAGCCCCAUUGCAACAGCAGAGAGAGUCAACGCUGGCGAAGUGCCACAUGACCAAGGCUCAGGGGACCAGACGUCCAUUGGCCCUUGUUGCAAAAGCUUUGUGGGAAAGAAAGAGUGUUUGAGCAAAGAGAGAAGCCCCGAGAAAGAUGGUGAAAGACAGCCCUUCCUGCAAUCGCAGGGAAAUGUCCCACAGGCCUAUGUCACUAUGGAUUUAUUUGACUAGAAAUGGACAACAGGGGCAUGUAAUUGCUGAAGUGGAAAUGUGUGAACAGCUAGUCCAUUAGUGGUUUUCAAACUCCUCUUGCAACACUUACAGAUACAGAACCACUCUCCCCAUUCAGCUUUGCCUUGGAAGGAAAAUGAAAACAAAGAGAAUGUUACUGUUAUUGCUUAGUAAACACUGCUCUCUAAAAUUACAUUAUUUGACUGCUCUCAGGUCUCCCAGGUGAUGAACCCUGUCAACAGUACAAUAGGAAUGCCACUCCUGGAAGCUGAUGCUAAGACUUUUUAGCAGGGCCUUUGCAUUGCCCGCUGCCCUGUUCCUUCACUCCAUCAGAGAAAACACAUUACUACAGUACAACUAAUAGUAUUGGACAAUAAGUAAUAUUCACCAUGAUCACUAUACAUCUUGAAAGUUAGUAUUAUUGUAUAUCAUGGUAUACAGGUAAAACACAUUACUUCAUAAAUCUUCUGGAUAAAUUUAUGUUAACGUUUUAAGACAUCCCGCCUGGUAUGCAGACAAUGACCGAGUUCCUAAAACGUUUAUCAAAAAUAGUUCUUUAAUAUACUGUUUACAGUUAAUAGCUAUGGAAGUAAACUGCUACGUGCAGAUUCAGCAACACUUUUUUUUUUUUCCAGAAUAUUGACUUGCUGAAAGUGUUGAGAAAUGCAAGCUAAUGUUUUCUAAAGCGCAGGCACCCCCCUCUUUAUGCUGAGGGUGGCAGGGUUUUGAUGAAGCCCUCUGCAUGGAGUCUGUGGUACAGAUGCACUUUACAGAAUCUGAAUCAGAUAAUCGUUCUGGCCUAAGCUCACAAAAAUGCUUCCACUUUAUUUGCGUUAAAGAUCAGCAGGGUCCUGCACAGUAUAGUGAACAUUUGCAUUUAAAAGGCUCACUGGUUCUGACAAGAGCCAACGUACACUGAUGUCUGCUGGAAUCAUAGUUGGGAACUCCUUACUUUGGCAUGGCAAAUACAGUGCACACGUACUGAUUUCUAAAUAUUUCUCAGUACAGUUUGUCAGUAUUCACUGUUAACUUGUAUCACGUAUAGCAACAUAAUUCCACUUGAUGGUAAAGCCACUGUACAGGGUGAAAUCACUACAUCUAGUAAUGUGUUUGGAGAACAGUUGAUGACAUUUUGUGAAGUUCUUUCAAGCCCUUUGUAUAAUCUGUAUUAAACCUGUCGUAGAAUUUCUGCAUGAGUCAAUUCAAUAUGCAUUGGCCUGUAAUUUAAGGAAACCGCAUGCCUUGUUUCUGAAUGUAUGUUUUUGUUCCAAACAUGAAACAAUAUAAAGCAAAUUUACAUAUAUGCUGCUCACAUAUAACAUAUAGACAGAACCUUUUUUCUUUGACAGAUAACAAAAUAUAAUUAUAUUAAAUGGAAAUCUCUAUAGGGGGUGCAGUGGUACAGUGGGCU